ACUGUUGUGUAAAAUUCCCAAAAUGCAAAUCAUAAUCAAAGUUGUCAGCGGGUUUUCUUAGAUGGUACCAGAAAAGUAGCGAGGGGAACAUAAGUUGACAUCUUACACAAAUGGUCAACCGAUGCCGCAAAUGGACAAACCCACAAAUCUAGUGACCAAAUUGGACAGCAAGCCGUAAUUUGAAUAUAUUUACACAUUUUCCACCUUACAAAAUGAGUUGCAGUCGUUGGGAUUUUUUUUCUUUCUUUCUUUACGAAAGUGUAAACUAUUUGAUCCAAUUAAAAACCGAUUGGCAUUUUAAUUGGAACAUUGGGGUAUCGAAGUUGCCCAAUCGCCGCAUAGAGACAAUGAAAUUGUUGGCGACACAUUUGCAUCUCUGCUGGGAUGCAACUUGCAUCGACUUGCAUCGCAUCCAUAUAAAUAUCAGCUGGCGUUGCAAUUGCCAGACACAGAAAGCUCAACAGCUGCACAGCAUACACAACCAAUACCUUUAGCCUUUCGGUGUGGAAACUCAAACCUAAGCACAAAAUGCGCGCUUUUCUGAUGAUUUGCUUGUUUGCCGUUGCCAGGGCCCAGUAUGAUUAUACACCAACUUCUCAUGCUGGCGAUGGUCGUGGUGGUCUCGUAGGCACAACUGGCUCCGUUGCAGAUGAGGGCCUUGUGCAGCAGGGUUCUGCCCAGCUGUCGGAGCCCAUUCUCAUUGCCAACGAGUUCAACAAGGAGUUCUUUACGUACAGCGCCCCAGAGCAGGAGUUCGACAAUGGACAUGCCAACGAACAGAUUGCGAAUUCGUUGCGAAAGAAUCUGCGUGUGCUGUUCAUCAAGGGUCCUGAGAACACGGGUCUGGAGCAGGCUGCCCUGCAGUUGGCCUCAUCCGCUUCUGAUGAUCGCACGGCCAUCUAUGUGCUCAACAAGCAGGCCGAUGUCGGUGAGCUGACCAACAAGUUGAACCAAAUCAAAUUGCAGUCGAACAACAAGCCCGAGGUGCACUUUGUCAAAUAUCGCACCCAGAGCGAUGCUGAGAACGCACAGCGUGUCAUUCAGGCUCAAUACGAUUCACUGCCCGGUCGCUCAAGCAAUCACAAUGCCGGCUCCUCGGCUCCAGUGCUUGACUUUGCCUCGAAGAGCAGCGGAGGCGGCAUUGGCGUCACUGGCGAUGCACAGGCACCAUCGACUAGCGCGUACUUGCCACCUAGCCGAAGGUUUUAAAUAUAAGAAACUGUCCAAACUAGUUAUAA